CGCCCAGCGACCAGCGCGCAGCUAGUGCCUGGUGCCUUCCCGCUCACCACCUGGCUGUCCUGAAAGCAGGGACGCGAGGCCGUGCGCGCGCGCGCGCGCAACCACCCUACUACGCAUUAACUGGGUAGGCGACUACACGCCACUCUGCCCCGCUAUAUAAGAUCACCGAUAGAGCUCGGUCUUCUUCGUCCAGCGCUCCAGAGUCCAGAGCAGCAGCGUCACUACUCACUACUACUGCUUGGCUGUAGCUAGCUAGUGAACUCCUGCUUGGCACGACAUGGGGAGGGCGCCGAGGGGUGUGUGGAACAUGGCGUUUCUGGGGCUGGCCGUCGCGGUGGUUCUUGCGGUGGCCGCCGAGGCGCGGUCCUUGGAGAAGCAGAACCUGUGCGGUGGUGGUUGCGGGCUUGGUGGUGGGGGAGGGUACGGCGGCGGCGGCGGCGGUGGUGUUGGGCUUGGUGGUGGCCUUGGGCACGGUGGAGGGCUUGGAGUUGGGUUUGGAGGAGGGAAGGGUGGUGGUUUUGGUGGGGGUGCAGGCGGCGGAGGCGGCCUCGGUGGUGGAGCUGGAGGUGGCUUAGGCGGAGGCGGAGGGCUUGGUGGCGGUGAGGGAGGUGGUUAUGGUGGUGGUGCCGGCGGAGGUGCUGGUGGAGGCGGCGGCCUUGGGGGUGGUUCCGGUGGAGGUCUCGGCGGCGGGCUUGGUGGUGGUUCUGGUGGAGGCGGUGGUCUUGGUGGUGGUUCUGGUGGAGGCGGUGGUCUUGGUGGUGGUUCUGGUGGAGGAGGUGGUCUUGGUGGCGGAGGAGGAGCCGGGGCCGGUGGUGGUUACGGCGGAGGAGCAGGUGCAGGCGGUGGCACUGGCGGCGGGUAUGGCGGAGGUGCUGGUGCAGGAGGCGGCGCUGGAGGCGGCUAUGGCGGAGGUGCCGGUGCAGGAGGCGGUUAUGGUGGAGGAGCUGGUGGGGGCACUGGUGGUGGAUACGGUGGAGGUGCAGGCGCAGGAGGUGGCUCUGGAGGCGGUUACGGUGGAGGAGCUGGAGGUGGCGCCGGUGGUGGCUACGGCGGAGGUGCUGGCGGAGGCUACGGUGGUGGUGCUGGCGCUGGGGGUGGCCUUGGCUCCGGCGGCGGCGGUGGUUAUGGUGGUGGCGCCGGAGGUGGAGGUGGCAUAGGUGGCGGUGUCUGAUUCAACCUCUUACAUGCAUGCAUGCAUAUGCGUGCAUAGCGAGUGCAUGCAAGGUCUCGACGCAGACUCCCUUGACAGGCAUGCGUGGAGUCAACCUACCAUGUGUGUGCUAUACGGCUAUACCGAUCGAUCCUGAUCAUACUCUCUGCAUAACGAUCUUAAUACACAGAAUAAGAAUGUUGCAUAUGCGUCUAGUCUGUGAUAAUUGUAUGAUAUAUAGUAGUUUAUACGGAGUAUAUAUAUACACUGCGUUAGUAGCAAUCUGAAAGGUUGCUUUGUAUUGUACUAUUUUCAUUAUUGUAUUUUGUCGAAAUAAAGAAACUGUUAUGAGCUACAUAGAGUUCAUAUAUGAUAUAUCAUA